CUCGAUCAAGUCCAUGACGAACUCGAGAUCAGCGUGGAAGGAUGGCAUCUCGGAAGCUGCCGAUUGCUCUAACGUCCAUCGGGACAGCCUCUAUGAUCGCAGCAUUCGCCAUUACAAUGCGAGACAUUCAUGCGUUGAACCUUUCGACUUUACGAUCGACGAGCCUGCUGAAUCGAUUUGUCGACUACCAGCACGUGGAUGUCUUCGAGACAACGUUGGACGAUGGCCAUGCCAUCGAGAACGUAGCUCAAGCAUUCUUUCAGUCCCCUGUCUUCCAAGCCGAGCGUGCGUUUCUAAGUCUUGCUGGGUUUGGAAGCGUCGAGGAUGACACGAUUGACAGAACGACGUUCGACGUCGGCGACAAAGUCGUCGUGUUCCGCGUGGUGGAGCGUACGCCAGGGCAAAUUCUAUUUUGCUGGAACGACUUCAUGGAUGUAAACGGCCAUACAUGGCUUUCUGUGGCGGACGACGGUCGCACGGUCCAGUUCGGAUCCACGUUUGACCUCGUGCAGGCCCUGCACCCCAUGGCGCUUCCUUUCGUCAAGUUCAUAGUCGUGCCGAUGCACUUGUGGUAUGCCCAAGUGGUCCUCGCAUCCGCCAAGUUUGUCCUCCAACGAAAGGGUAAAACAUAACUGGAUGGUUUUGAGCUUCAUCCGCCCACGCCCUCGAUGCUGUCCAAGCGCAUGCGCGACGAUGAACGCCACUACUCUAGCCAACACCUCGAACAAGAUCAAGACCGAGUUCAGCACAGUCGACACAUGCCGAAUCAGCAGGAUAGACGGAGUUAUCUGGAUGUGCAACGUGUGGCAUCGCGAAUGCAAUUCCCAUCGCAUGUGGGUGACGUCGAUGCAA